AUGAAAACAUUCCCAUUAAACUCAAGAGCUAAGACAACGGCAUUAAAGCAGCCAAAGGAACUCUUUGCAUACGCCAGAGAUGGCGAUGGGAACUUUGUUUAUGAUGAAGAAAAGGUUCGAGAAGAGCAUAUGUCGUAUUAUUAUUUACCAGAUGCCACAAUAAAUGGGAAUGUAGACUUGGGUGCUGGAUAUCAAAAUUUUAAAAAGAUUCCUGAAGAAGAAAAUCUAGGAGAUUUUGCUGCAUUUUUAACUGCCAUAAUGAAAUAUGAACAAGUUUCAAAUACUAAAGUAAAGACAGAUAUAAUUACAUUCCGUGGUUUAAUGACAAAAUUAUUAACAUUGCCAUAUAAUUUAAAAGAUCCAAUUGAUUUAAAUGUGGUUGCCUUUGAUGGACAAUUAUUUAUUAAAGCAGAUGAUCAAAUAGAAUUGAAUCGUAGAAAAUUGCAAAAUGAACAACAUCAAAAUGAUAAGAAAAAGGAAGAAUUUCAACGUAAAUGUGAAUUUUCAGGAUAUAAAUUUGAAACUAUUGCAACAUUACCAAAACCAUGGGCAGAUUCAUCAAGACUGAUGAUACAAAAAAGAAGUAAAAAAGUGGUUACUAAUUAUGAACAAUAUAUGUCAGUAGUUAGAACUGGGAUAGGUAAAGUGAAAGUAUUACUUGCAGGUGAAGUUGAUUGUUUAUGGGAUUAUAUUCCUGAAGAUGGUAAAGAUAUACUCCCACAUUAUGCAGAAUUGAAAACAAGUAGAGUUUUAGAACAUCCAGGACAAAUUAUAAAUUUUGAAAAAAAAUUAUUUAAAACUUGGGCACAAAGUUUUUUACUUGGAAUUAGGAAAGUUGUUUAUGGAUUCCGUGAUGAUAAUUUAAUAUUACGUACAGUUGAAGUAUAUUCAACUGAGGAAAUCCCAUUAUUACUUAAAAAUGAUCCAUUUACCGAGGAAAAACAAAAAAUUGUUCCUAUGAAUGCAUUGAAAUGGUAUGGUGCUGUUUUAGAAUGGUUAACUACAGAAAUUCCAUCUGAAGAUGUAGGUGCAUGGAGAUUAAGUUAUGAUCCAGGUUCAAGAUCAUUUAGUUUAUCAGAGAUUAUGGAUGGUAAAAGAGUUAGAGAUGAUAUUAUUUCUCCAGAAUUUAGGGAAUGGAGAGCAUCUCUUAACCAAAAGACUGAAAAUUGA